ACCAAACCCCCGCUUCUCUCCAUCCAUCCUACAUUGUUCCCCCAAAAGGCAUCGAUUUGGUAGCGCAAGUUUACCAAAACCAUCCCCAUCAGGCUCGCACAUAUCGCCAUUCAAUUUGCUUCCUCGUUUUCGUCUUCCGGCAAUUCCACCAGCUCGAGCAUGGCCAUGAGUAGUGACGCGGAUGCUGCGAGCGCAUUCCUCGCCGCAGAAACCGCCGCCGACGAGGACUCCGGAGUCGCCUCGCGCCUCCCUUCCAUCUUUCUGCAUCUACUCGCGGCAUGGACGGAGGGGAAUCAUGCGGCGGCAGCUGAGGAGGCGGCGCGCCGCAUCCAUGCCGACUACUGCGACGUCUACCUGCCCUCGGAUCCGCUAAUGAGAGGCCUGGACGACAAGGGCAUGGCCGGAUUUCUGAACCGUCUAUACGAACUUAUCUUCUUCCAGGUUCGUCUCGUUGGCUACGACGACGCUCGCCAAGAUGCCCUCGUCGAGACCUUGCUCGAGCUGCGAAAACUGCCGCCACAGUCAUUGAAAAUUUGGGGUGAGGACUGCAUUGUCUACGUCAAUGAUCCUGUUUUCGUCACUGUAGGGGAGGACAACUGGAAUGGGAAUUUCCCAAACGACAUUUUCGAACAGGAUGACGAGUCCGCUAAGGCAGAUUACCAAAGGAAGUGUAACGAGUGGGUGAACUUCUCGGCCUUUCUGGCACGUUGCACUGCGGCCGGUAUUUACGACCGCUACGACGACCGCUUCAAGUAUCCCAGCGUUGACAUACCGUUGGCACUCGAAGAGAGACUGCCCGAAGGGAACCUGCGCGAGUGCCGACUCAUGGUUGCCGCACUGUGGAUCUUACAUGCCGCUCGCGCCAUAUACGAUGAUCUGAUUAAGGUGGACAAGGAAGGGUGGAACGUGAAGAAGUGGAGUCUUUGGGAAACCAAGCUUAGGGAGAUCGAGAAUGAUGCCGCCGCUGGCCCGAAGCUCAAGUCGAUUCUUGGGCAAACGCUCGCAGAAAUGGCGCUGAUAAGUGCCACUUCAUGAGAUACUUGUUCUGAACAGAUAGUUAGAUGGUGAGGUCAUGAGCAAUCCCGACUUGGACUUGGUCACUAGCCAUUCUAGGGUGUCGCCGUGGGGUCGUACCACGGGGAUCUCAGUCGUUAACUCCACUAUCGAUGUGGAACCGCGCGUAAUCAUAUAUUCGUGGUUGAGGCAACCUCGCUGGCUCUUUGGCUGGUCGUGGCACCGGCCACGUUGAUAAGACCUGGACGGCACGAGAGAAUCAUCAAGCUAACCGGCCUUGAUUUUAAAGCCAGCUCAUAUCCCAGCUCAAAUAAUGUUCCAGCCCAAAUAAUGUUCUGGC